UGUUCAAAUUUCAAAAAUGAUGAUGACGACAAUGAUAAUAAUUCAAUUAAAGAUGACGAUGAUGAUGACGAUGGUGAUACGUUUUCAUGUUGUAGUAAAUCAUCGAUACUUUGUAGUCCAGCCAAUUAUCAAUUAUUAAAAAUCGAUAAUGGUGACAAUAAUGAUGAUCAACAACAAAAUGAUGUGGACACAACGGCAAUUGAUAAUGAUCAUGCACAAAUUAUUUGUACAACAACAACAACAACAACAACAAUGAAUAAAGGAAAUUUUCUCAGAAAAAUCGAACGUUUUGGUACUGAUGUUUGUGAUACAUGUCUUUUUCCAUUAGCAUUACCAAUGGAUGGUAGUGAUAUUUAUCGUGGUCAUUCAACAUGGGAAAGUAUUGAUUUAUUGGCUGAUUGUGUCCUAAUGUUAUGGACCGAAUCAUCAUCAUCAUCAUCAACAACAACAACAACAACAACAAAUCAACGAUCUCUGAACAAUGUUCUUGGUGAUCCAAUACGAUUUCUUUGUUUUCAUUCUGAACUUAUGGAUGGUCGGAAAUUUCCUUAUGUAAAAUCAAAUAUUGGACGGAAAUAUGAUCCAUUACCAUUUCGUCGUUGGUGUUCAGAGCUUGAUUUACGCGGAAUGAUGGCCAACAAUGAUAAUCAACAACAGUCUGAAUCGGCAUCAUCAUCAGUAAUGGUCGAAACAGAAGAUGCAGAUAUGAUAUUGGAAAAUUUUCGACGAAAAUCACUAACCAUUUGUCGACAAUUUGCAUAUAAACAAGAGCUACAGAAUCCAAAACGUUUAGCAGCACGUAUAACACGAUUAGAACGACAGAAUUUUUUACAAUUAACACGACGUGAAGUAUUGAAUUAUUUAUUCGGGAAAAUUCCCAGUAAUAAUCAGAAUCUACAUCAAAUGAUUCGAUUUGCUCGAGAAUUAUCUCAACUGGUUGGCUGUUGGAUACUAACGGAAACAUCUGUGGAAGGACAAAAACAAACAAUUGCAACCAUUAUUGAGGUUUCCUUCAUAUUAUUUAUGAGAAAAAAUUUUCAAUCAUUCGAAUCAAUAAUGCGUGGUUUACGUUUACCAUCAAUAUAUUCAUUACAAGAAUCAUGGCGUUCAUUACGUCUUAAUAAUCCUAUUCAUUUUAGAAUUUAUCACUACCUCACAACAGUAAUUACUAAUCAAUUACAACAGAAAUCAUCAUUGAUAUGUCAUUCAUCUAAAUCAUCAUCAUCAUCAUCAUCAUUAUCAUUACCAUCAUUGGCUUCGUUUUUUGAAACACUAAGAUUACGAUCAUUAUCGAUUAUUUGUCGUUUAAUUGAUGAAGAUGAUGAUAAUGAUAAAAAUGGUGACCAUCAUCAUCAUCAUCAUAUCAAUGUAAGAAAUAUAGGAAAUCAAUCAUUGAUUGAUAUUAUCAAUGAAUAUCAAUAUAAAGAUGUUCAUAUACGACAGAAAUUGAAUGAAUUAACUGCAAAUGAACGGCAACGACGACUACGACGGCAACGAAAACAAAUGGCCAAAAUGGUGAAAAAAACCGAAACAACAAUGACAACAAAAAAACGAUUUUGGCCAUUUCCCGUGAUGAUGAGGAAACGUAAAAUAAAACAACAAAAAGAAAUGAUAAUCAACAAUGAUGAUGAUGAUGAUGAUGUAACUAUUGCAGCAUCGUAUAUGUCAUUAUUAACAAAAAAAUUUGAUCCAUCAUCCAUAAACAAAGGCGGUGGUUUUCCACAUCAUCAGCAAAAUGAUGAUUGUUUACGAUCAUUACGGAUGUAUAUUGAACAACAAUUUAUCGUUGCACGUGAUCAUCAACCAUUAAUGCCUGAUCGUUGGCGUAUCAUAUCCAUACGGAAUAUUGGUACAAACAUCCAUCGUUUAUUGAUCAUAGAAUUUUUGAAAUUAUAUAAACAUUUUAUGGAACAAAUUGAACAAUAUAGAUUUUAGAAAAAAAAAUUUGAAACAAAAAUUCUAUAAACUUUUGUUUGCGAUGAUAAAAAUUCAACAAUCCGAUGAUUGAGCUUUACGA